AUGAUUGCUGAAAGAACGAAGCUCCGGGUCUCCUGCCUGUUGGCUUUGGUCGCGGCCGCCUCUGCGAUACCGCCUGCGACGCUGUCAUAUGUUCCAAUUGCCACUAUAGAUAAAAUUCCGAACCCAAAUUACGGAUUUAACUACGCGGUAAACGACCCGUCGACGGGUGACAAUAAGGCGCAGUGGGAGACCCGCAACGGUGACGUGGUGCGAGGAGCAUACUCCUUGGUGGAACCUGAUGGCAAUGUCCGUCUAGUAGAGUACACAGCGGACUCUCUGACUGGAUUCAACGCGGUUGUGAAACGUACAGGACCUAAUGUACACUCCAUAGCAUUGCCAGUUGCCGCACCUAUUGCAGCACCGAUGACGCCUAUUAUUACGAAGCCGAUCGCAUCUAUCGGACAUGGACCCAUCGGCCCCAUUGGAUCACUCGGACCAAUCGGACCCAUUGGACCUAUUGGACCAUUCCCGAUUGCACCCAUCGCACCAAUUGCUCCAGUUCACGAGAUCACGCCCGUAGCGGAGGUUCAUCACCAGCCCAUCAUAACCCCAGUGAUCGAUACCCCGCCAGUAAUCGCUCCAGUGCCCACGUUGGACAUCCUGCCCAUCUAUCCUCUGCCCCCGGCUGGCCCGUGGGUGCAUCUAUCAGGCACUUCUUAUGGACACAAGGGCAAUAUCGUCCGCCGCUGGGCAGCUGGCCCCAUCUCACUAGACGGUAAAACGCUCACCAUCAGAACCGUAAAACAUCAUUAG